CUUGAUUUACAAUGUAACACCUUGUAUCCCGCCAAUAUGCUCUUUCCCCUUCGGGUUCCCGCCAAGACGGCUCUAUCACAAUCUCCAAUCUCCUUUGAGUGAAUCACUGAAUCUAAAUUGAAAACCCUAUACCCCGGAUCGGAGAAAAUGGAGACCAACGGUGGUAGUGGUGCUGCACCCACCGGUUGUUACAAGUGCGGCCGUCCAGGACACUGGUCCCGUGACUGCCCUUCAGACCCCACCUCUAACUCUAACAAUGACGGAUCUAAUAAGAAACCAGCAGCAUCGUCGCAUCCGUUCAAGGCAAGCGGUGGCGUAGGUGGUGCUUCAUUUCAAGGCCAAAAGCAGCCGAUUGAAAAGCCGAAGAAGGUUCCGAAAACCAGGCCUAAGCUUACUCCGGAAUUGCUUCUAUCUGAUGAUGGUCUUGGAUUCGUUCUUCGACAUUUCCCUAAAGCUUUCAAGUACCAUGGGCGUGGUCACGAGACAAAUGAUUUGGGGAAUCUACUAAGUUUGUAUGCAGAAUGGCACUCACAUCUGAUUCCUUACUACUCAUUCAACCAGUUUGUUCACAAGGUAGAACAAGUUGGUGCCACAAAACGUGUCAAGUUAUGCUUAAAUGAUCUGCGAGAAAAGGUUGCACAUGGAGGGGACCCAGCCAAGAUACUUGAAACAACCCAGCAAAAUGAAAAUUCAAAUCCUAAUCCUGAACAAGAUGUUAAUGACUUGGAUGAUUUAAAUCUUCACCCAGAAGACAAUUUACCAAAUAAUGAUGACACAGAUGAUUUCCAGCACAAUAUGAUGAAUGAAAUUUUUGAAAACCCUACUGAAGAGGCAUCUGGGGAGUUGAAUAAUGAGGCUAUGAAUGCUGAUAAAUCUGAAGCAAACAUUGAAAUGACAGAAGAAUUAAAGGCUCGAAUAGAAGCAAACAGGCUAAAGGCAUUGGAGAGGGCUGCUGCUCGAAAGCGAGCUUUAGAAUCUCAGGAAUCUUGACUUUAUUGUCUGUUGUUUAAACUCUUUUAUAAGGAAUACUUACUUGAUUACCAUGACAAAUAUAUACUGCUUUUCCCUAA